CUGAAAGUGAGAAAAGACUUUCCAGAGUCCUUACCAUCUUUAUAUGAGAAACCCCAUGGUCCCAGUUCCCUCUUUACCUUCUCCACCUUUCCACUUUGUAUAUCUUUCUGAAGUUAAUGAAUUAUAAACUUUCACUGUUUAAUUGCUUUCAGAUGGACCCCUGCACAGGUGGGAAUGGAUGUGCCCACAUCUGUCAGAGUGAGAAUGGUGUGACCAGGUGUGUCUGUUGCCCAGGGUACCAGUUGUCUAACGACAAAAAGGCCUAUGGAGAUAUGAAUAAGCCUGCUGAAGGGUUGGCUCCCUGCAGCCAUAGCUGUGGGAACACAAUGGGUUCUUUCAUUUGUGCCUUCCACCCUGGCUUUGAGCUGGAAACUCAUGGAAAGCAGAGUUCCAACCCCGAUGAAUGUGAGUGUGGAGAAGCCUGCUGUAUCCAACUCUGCAUCAACUAUUUAGGACACUAUAAAUGUCGAAGUCAGGAGCGCUUUAUCAGUUCUGAUGGUGGCAGAUGUGAUGAUGUGGUUGAGUGUCUGCAUGUCAGCAUAGUCUGUGACCAGCUGUGUAUGAACUCAGUGGGGGCAUAGGACUAUCCCUACGGAGAAAGCUGCAGAAUUGGAAGUGAUGGAAAAACUUGCAUUUCCUUAGAUGAUGGUGAGCUGGAAGAAGAAGAAGAAGAAUUAGAAGUUGUAAGGUUUCCAGUCCUUCUAUUCAAGAGCCCACCUCAAUGGCUUCAUGAUGUCUCCACCUCUCUGCCUCCC